AUGUAUUUUAGCAUGAGGAACAGUCCUGGUGACAGGGAGCAGGCUCUCAGAGUGAUGCUGCAGGUUUUGCAGUCGUGUGAACAUCCGGCGCCCGACAUGUUCUGCCUCUGUGGACGGAUAUACAAAGACAUUUUCCUGGACUCAGACUGCAAAGACACCAAAAAUAGGGACAAUGCCAUACAGUGGUACAGGAAGGGUUUUGAGCUGCAGCCGACUCUCUACUCUGGUAUCAACCUGGCCGUCCUCCUCAUAGUCGCUGGCCAACAGUUUGAGAGCUCCAUCGAACUGAGGAAAAUAGGUGUGAGGUUGAACAGUCUGCUGGGGCGCAAAGGUUCGCUGGAGAAAAUGAAUAAUUACUGGGACGUGGGCCAGUUCUUCACCGUUAGCAUGCUGGCUAAUGACAUCCCUAAAGCUACUCAGGCUGCCGAGAAGCUCUUCAAACUCAAGCCGCCGCUCUGGUAUUUGCGGUCGGUGGUGCAGAAUCUGCAGCUGAUCCAGAGGUUUAAGAAGCAGACGGUGGAGCACUCUCCUCAGCGGGACAGACUCAACUUCUGGAUGGACAUCAUCGUCGAGGCCACGCAGGGCACCACCAAUCGACUGCGGUUUCCAGUGUUGAUUCUGGAGCCGACAAAGAUUUACCAGCCCUCAUAUGUGUCCAUUAACAACGAGGCUGAAGAGAAAAACGUUUCUAUCUGGCAUGUUUCUCCUGCAGAAACGAAAGGGAUCCAUGAGUGGAACUUCACUGCAAUGUCCAUCAAAGGCAUCAGCAUCAGUAAGUUCGAUGAGCGCUGCUGCUUCCUCUACGUCCACGAUAACUCAGACGACUUCCAGAUCUACUUCUCCACUGAGGAACAGUGCGGUCGGUUCUGCUCCAUGGUGAAAGAGAUGAUAUCUGAUGGCACGGGGAACGCUGUGGAGCUGGAGGGGGAAGGAGACGCAGAUACACUGGAGUAUGAGUACGACACCAAUGAGACCGGGGACAGGGUGGUGCUGGGGCGGGGUACCUAUGGAGUGGUGUACGCCGGGAGAGACCUCAGCAACCAGGUCCGAAUCGCCAUCAAAGAGAUCCCUGAGAGAGACAGCAGGUACUCCCAGCCCCUUCAUGAAGAGAUUGCCCUUCACAAGUACCUGAAGCACAGGAACAUAGUUCAGUAUCUGGGCUCUGUUUCUGAGAACGGAUACAUCAAGAUCUUCAUGGAACAAGUGCCUGGAGGAAGCCUGUCUGCGUUGCUGCGGUCCAAAUGGGGCCCGCUGAAGGAGGCGACCAUCAUCUUCUACACCAGACAGAUCCUGGAGGGGCUCCGAUACCUGCACGAGAACCAAAUCGUCCACCGAGACAUCAAGGGUGAUAACGUGCUGGUGAACACCUACAGUGGCGUCUUGAAGAUCUCAGACUUUGGGACCUCUAAGCGGCUGGCAGGAGUUAACCCCUGCACAGAGACGUUCACCGGUACUCUGCAGUACAUGGCUCCAGAAAUCAUUGAUAAGGGCCCCCGAGGGUACGGGGCCCCAGCUGACAUCUGGUCCCUUGGAUGCACCAUUAUCGAAAUGGCAACUGGGAAACCACCUUUUCAUGAGCUGGGAGAGCCACAGGCGGCCAUGUUUAAGGUGGGCAUGUUCAAGAUCCACCCAGAGAUCCCCGAGUCCUUGUCGUUGGAGGCCAAGUCGUUCAUCCUGCGCUGCUUUGAGCCGGACCCUCACAAGCGAGCCAUCACCUCGGACCUCCUCAGAGACACUUUCGUCAGACACAACACGAAGGGCAAGAAGAGCAAGAUCGCCUUCAAACCAUCAGAUUACAUCCACAACGUUUCUCUGCCGGUGCAGUUGCAGUGCGAGGCCACCGGCAGCAGCAGCAGUGAACACGGCUCCGUGAGCCCAGACUGCGACUCCAAACACGACGUCUUCUUCCAGAAGAAGAAGAGCUCUGUCUCCGAGAACCUGCUCAAACCCGCCAACUCCAACUACCUGAGUGUUCCAGAUGAGGGUUCAGUGUCUGAGGACCGCAGUGUGCCCCCGUCCCCUGAGGACAGGGACGGGGGUCUGUUCCUGCUGAAGAAGGACAGUGAGAGACGGGCCAUUCUGUUCAAGGUCCUCAAUGAAGACCAGGAGAAGGUCAUCUCCAACCUCAGAGAGAACCACAUCCAGGGCAGUGAAGAGCUCCAGCUGUCCAUCGAACACAUCAAGCAGAUCAUCUGCAUCCUCCGAGACUUCAUCCAUUCCCCAGAGAGGCGCGUCAUGGCUGCCACCAUCUCCAAGCUCAAGCUGGACCUGGACUUUGACUCCACCUCCAUCAACCAGAUACAGCUGGUUCUCUUUGGCUUCCAGGACUCGGUAAACAAAGUACUGAGGAACCAUCACAUUAAACCCCACUGGAUGUUUGCGAUGGAUAACAUCAUCCGCCGAGCUGUGCAGGCUGCAAUCACCAUCCUCAUCCCAGAGCUGCAGACCCACUUUGGACCGGCGUCAGAGUGUGAGGGAGCUGAAAAGGAGGACGAAGUGGACGAAGAGGAGUUUGGUCCCGUUUUAGCUCCUCACGCUGACGACCCCGGGACAACAGCUGACCCCACCCACUCUGCGGUCAGCACGCUAAACUCUGCACCCUCUCAGGAGCAUCAGCGCUCACAUCAUCAGCUGGGUGCACAGCUGGGGCGGCUCAAACAGGAGACCAACAGGCUGCUGGAGGAGCUGCUGCAGAAAGAGAAGGAAUACCAGCAGGUCCUGAAGGCCACACUGCAGCAGAGAACGCACGACCUGGAGCUGGUCAGAGUCCGACACAAACCACCAGACGCUUCACCUCCCUCCAUCUUCCACAUCCCAGCGGACCACGAGCCAGACAAGCAGCUCACUGAUUGGCUGAAGGAGCAGGGGGCGGACGCUGACACCGUAGAUAAGUUCGUGCUGGAGGAAUACACACUGACCGACAUUCUCAAUGACGUUACCAAAGACGACCUCCACUGUCUACGUCUACGGGGUGGAGUCAUCUGCCGCAUCUGGCGGGCCAUCCAGCGGCACCGAGAGCGAGAGAGGCUGAGGGGCAACGAGCGCUCGCAAGAUGAUGCAUGAUGGGAUGCAUGGACUACAACUCUGGAGAACUCUGGCAGAAAAACGCACACAUCUGCACACUACCAGUCCUGCAUGGCGAUCUCUCCUCUCUCUCUCUUUUCUCCACAGUGCCUUUUCAUGUUGUAGUCGCUGCGUCGUGUGAAACUUUGACCGUGCGUCUCCUCACAGACUUGACCAGACCAAAGCGCUUUAGCGCAGGCACUACUGUAUGUAUCUGUACGGGCAUUUAAAUGUGUGCUGCUAUGUGUUUGUGCUUGAGAACUUUUGAAAAUGCAUCUUUGCAAACAUGAAGUUGAAAUAUUCCACACAGGAAAUUUAAAUUCUCCAUAUAUUCUACAUAAUUUUGCCAAAGAUUGGUUUCAUUUUGUCCGUCUUACACAUCACACAUGACUCAGCUGAACUUAUGACAAAGUACGUGCAUUGGUUUUCAUCCUCUCAGAAGUGCUCCAUCCUUCCUCAUUCUGAUCAUUCAGAUAAGCAGCGUCAUUAUGCUGCAUGAGUGGACCUACAAGUUUACGUAAACAGUUUGUUAUUGAGUCAAAGUACGGCCUCUGUUCUGUUAAGAGGUAAGAGUAUAUCUCUAACUAUCUGCAAUUGAACAUAUCAACAGUAAUAUAAAAUUACAGAAAUUGCAUCCAACCAGAACCACUUUAUCCCCUCAAAGAUCUUUAAACUGAUCUGUCAGUCUUGCCAAAAACAUCAUAAAAAGAAGAAAAAAGGCCUCAAACUGUUCUAGUCUGAGUUUCAAUACUUUGAUUUCCUGGAUAUUUAUUUCAAAACUGUGCAAAGUUGGAAUACAAAAGCUAAUGUACCUUAUUCCACUUAUUACAAAAGAUUCCCAUCAUUAGCCAAUUUAAAAGUAUUAAAAAUAAUGUAGCCACAUUUAUAUUAAUUUCCUGAAACUUGCAAACACAUUACAACUGCCACCACAUGACUGCCUUUACAUAUGUAUGCAUGUUAAGAUUCCCUUUACAUUCUUAAGGAAGUAUUCUUUUCUCCUCUCUGCAUAUCUGUGUUUAAAUGUUUUUUUUUAUUCCAACUGUUAUAUGUAUGUGCUUGUCUGUUUUAUUGCUUUACAACUGCAAUAAAUCUGGAAAUAACUGC